AUGAUUCAUCGCAAUGCAAGUGAAGGAGCCGACGAAAGAAGCAAUACCCAGUGCAUCAAAGAGGGCAAGUACGCGGUCGGAAGCAUAACGGAACACAGGUGCGACGAUCACUACGUCCUGAGGGGAUCCCGGUUUCGGACCUGCGCGGAGAGCGGGAAAUGGACGGGGAACGUUCCGUUCUGCGAGCGAGCACCUCCCAUCAUGAAAGAUUGCUACUGCGGCCUGACCCCGCGUCCCGCCGUCGGAACGGGAAACGAAACGGAGAAGGAGGUCCUCGCGGAAGGCGAGACCGUCCCCGGGUCUUGGCCCUGGACCGCGGCUCUCAAGACGAGGGACGGGGAGUUCGUUUGCGGGGGACCCUCAUCAACAGUCACUCCGGAAGAUCCAGACUCGUUCUACGUGUCCCUGGGCGAUCACGACAGACUUCGACCCGAAGCCGGUCAGCUGGACGUGAAGAUCGGGCAGAUCGUGAUCCAUCCGGCCUUCGAUAUCGACACUCACCGGUACGACUUGGCGGUCGUUCUCCUGGACGAUCCGGCGCCCUUCCUCAACUAUCCCAAUAUUCGUCCCAUCUGCCUCCCGAAAGCCGACGAGCAUUUCGACGAGACGAUCAGGGAGGGAGUAGUCGUCGGCUGGGGCCUUCCACAGAGAGGUGGAUUGAAGGUGGGGCCGCUGCCGAGAAAGGAAAGAAUGACGAUCGUUCAUAUAUUCCCUCCCGAGAUCUGCUCCAAAGUGAUCGGGUCUCUCUACGACGAAGAGACGAUGAUCUGUGCCUCGAGCCGGGAGGGACGAGUCUGCAACGUGAGUUCCCCCGGAGCAUUCUGGCUUGGGUCUUUCCUUCCUCGGAUGUCAUCGGUCGACCGAAACGAGGGACCGAAUUCCUCAGGGAGACGGAGGAGCGGGGCUGGCAACGAUAACCAGAUACAUUCGACAUCCACGGGAAGAGCCAACGAAGGGGCGGGUACCUGCGGGCGCAAACGAAGGAGCGUGCUCGAGAUCCCCGGUGUUUACUUUGGCAGGAGUGACGUCGUGGGCGAAAGGGAGCUGCGAUCCGAAAAUCCCGUCUGGAUACGUCCGUCUUUCGGUUGGCUUGGGUCUUUCCUUCCUCGGAUGUCAUCGGUCGACCGAAACGAGGGACCGAAUUCCUCAGGGAGACGGAGGAGCGGGGCUGGCAACGAUAACCAGAUACACUCGACAUCCACGGGAAGAGCCAACGGAGGGCUGAGUACCUGCGGACGCAAAGGAAGGAGAGUGCUCGAGAUCCCCAGUUUUUACUUUGGCAGGAGUGACGUCGUGGGCGAAAGGGAGCUGCGAUCCGAAAAUCCCGUCUGGAUACGCCCGUCUUUCGGGAGGGCCUCAAGGGAGGAGGGAGGGAGGGAUGGAGGGAAGGAGGGAGGGUGGGAGAGGGAUGAUCCCCAGUCUUCCACGGAUCAUCUCAUCUUCAGAGAUUCUCAUUUCUCGCUGAAAACGUGGUGA